UUUUUGUGAAUAAAUAAAGUAAAAAAAAAGCGCGUUUAGUUGAUUUUAUAUGAAAUUAUAUAUUUAGCGGUCAUUUGACCUAUCUGAGUCAAUUAAUUUGACAAUAGUUUAUCUGUUAGAUUUUAGUCACAAACAAAAAGUUAUUUUCAUCCCUACAAAAACACCAUUCGUUCAUUUUUGAUUAUUGGUUUUUUUGCACCAUAUUAACUGGACAUAGAAGUUAUACUUUUUAAGAAUUUUCAAUUAAAAUGAGCGGUACUUUAAACAUGGCAAUUGAUGAUUAUAGUUCUAAUAGAAAACCAAAGGGGAGAUCAUCUCGAAGGGGUGGACGUGUUUCUUCCGGAAGUACUUCAAAUCGCAGUGCUCGUACUAGAAAUGCCCCCUACGUACGGCAGCGUCCUCCAAGAGGUGAUAUAAAUGGGCAAUGGUCCCACGAUCUUUUCGAGGACAGUAACUCUAACAGUCGCCGUUCAAAUGCAACCAGUUCUCGACGAAAUACUUCUAACUCUAAUGGAAAUAAUAAAUUGAUUGUGGAAAACUUAUUUUAUGAAGUAACUCAAGAAGAUCUUGAGGAAUUAUUUUCUGAAUGUGGUACCGUAAAGAAAGUUUAUAUACACUAUGAUCGUGCCGGUCGAAGUACUGGUGUAGCUGAUGUGGUUUUCGAAACACCAUCAGAAGCCGAAGCGGCUCUGCGGAAAUAUAAUGGAAAGACACUUGAUGGACUUCAAAUGAAAAUUAAAUAUGCUCCGUUGAAACCUACACAAAAAAAUGCAACCAUACGCGGUUCAUCUAACUCUAAUGGUGGCGGCUCAAUUAUGGAUCGCUUAGGUGGUAUACCAGUUAAGUCUGCUCGCGGAAAUAUUCGAGAAAGGCUAGGUAAUUCUUCACCUGCAGCACAUCGAGGUCGUGGUCGCGGACGUGGACGUGGCAGUAAUAAUUCACAAAAACCGUCUAAUCGUAAGCCUGUCACAUAUGAUGACCUUGAUGCAGAUUUAGAUGCUUAUAUGGCCAUUGAUGAUCUUUAAUUUUAAUACUGUAGGGUUCACAAAAUACAUCAAAGGGAGUAAAUGGAGAAAAUGGAAUGGAUUUGUCAUAGCAAUUUAAAUAGAUUGUAUGACAAAUGAUUGGAUUUAGAAUUCCUCUCAUUUUUUCUCACUAUGUACAGCGAAAAACUCUUAUGAUUUAAUAUGAGCAUUUAUUAAAUAUUUUUUCCGUGUUUUGUGGAUUAUGAUGCUCAGCAGGAAUUUAUUUUAUAUAUUAUUCACAGAGAUUCUCUUCGCUAUUUAUGAGAUUAUGCGAUUUAGAAACAUUGUUUCUUUCUUUAUCUUAUUCAUAUAUAAAGAGUUUUAAAUCUAGACCUAAUCCUUUUUUUAGUGGUUCAUAUAUUUACAAUGUUUUUUCACAUUAUAUUUUAGUAUA